CAAUCGUGACCAAAUUGCUACAUUUAAUGCUUUGCUUCUCGAUUAUAGUCUAGCGAAUUACAAUAUAUUAUUUCUCCUUUGCCAUAAACUUGAUGUCAAUCUGAAAGCAGUAUUUUAAAGAAGAUUUCACCGUUGUUGGAGAAUGCGGCUGUUUUGUUCUAUUCUUAUUUCAUUUUACUGCACUUUCACUGCUUUUCCUGCUGCCAAAGGAGCGGAUGAUUUAGAGAAUGUUGACGAUGUUCCACCCUGGGGCCACGGAAGAACAAAUGAUCUGGUGUACGGCGUCGAAGCUUGGAAAAACAUAUCGAAGAUGUGCAGUGGGUUACGACAAUCACCGAUCAACAUAAAUCAUAACCGGGCGCGAAGAAAGAAAAACCGAUCGAAAAUCUCCGUGCAAUUUACCCUCGAAAACGGUCAGGUUUUCGGCGAUUUGGAAAACAACGGUCACUCACCAGUCUUUACAGUGAACGCGUCCCGCGCCUCUGCACAGCUUACGAAUGUUCCCAAUCAUCGCAAGGAUAUCUUUGUCCUCAAGAAGAUAUAUUUCAGAUUCGGCUGUACGGAGAUGGCAGGAUCUGAGCACCAGUUUGACGGCGCGCCAACACCAGGAGAGAUUCAUCUUGUGUUCUAUAAGGACCAGUAUCGUACACUGGAUCGAGCGAUGAGUAAGACGGAUGGUCUGGUUAUAAUUGCCGUUCUUUUAGGGGGCGAUCUAAAUUACAACAGAGGUCUUACAGAUAUCACCACACACUUGACUCGGAUAAAAGAACCAGGCAACAAAGUGGAGUUAAAGAAUGGCGUGAGACUCUCAUAUUUAGUGCCAGAACUGACCGAAAAUAAACUGAAGUAUUACACGUAUAAAGGGUCGAUCACGACUCCACCAUGCUUCGAGAGUGUACGGUGGUUUGUGAUGAAGAGUCCUAUUGCUGUCACUAAACAACAGCUGGAAGAGUUGCGUCAGUUGGAAGGUUCAAAUGGCAGGAUGUGUGACAAUUUCCGUAAAGUUCAAAAACUCCACGGUCGAUUCUUGUCCCUGUACUUGUAGAUAGGUUGUUGGUCAACAGGAAACUAGACCCAUCGAAGACACCAACAACCAGAUAAGAUGAUAAAACCUGGCUUCUUCAUGGCCUUACCUUGAACUGGACGACAUUUGAAAUGUUUCAACGUCGUAUCACACGUAAAAUCUUAGCUUAGAAAGCGAAGCUGAAGGACAAAGACCCGCGAGCUUUCCCUUCGUGAUAAAGCGCAUUUCUCAAUGUUAAAAUUUACGUAGAAAUUUCAUGAACGUUUUAACGAGGAAUGAUAUGCCUCUCUUCUGUCCAUAGGCGUUCAGAGAAAAACGUUGAAUCUAUUCAAAAGACCUGUAACCUACUGAAAUAGCCGCGUACGAAUAUGGAUUUAAUUACCUGUAAAUUUUUUUAUACAAAUCAAACAUGUUUUUAUAUACAGAAUUUGAA